UGGAGGGAGUAUAAGAUUUGAUUCUUAAUUAUAUGAUAGAUGAUUGAUUAUUUAUUGAUUCAAUAAUCAUGAAUUGAUUUUUCAAAAAAAAAAAAAAUAAUCAUGAAUUGAAAUACACAUUUAUGAACCCAUCCUUAUUCCUUUCAAAAAAAAUUACACAUUUAUGACAACAAGCACACGUAAAAUUCAACAUUCCGCGUAAAAUUUUUUCACAUCCCAAAAUAACAAUGCUUUGCUGUUAAUCAAAAAUCUCCACAAAUCACACAUUACAAUCCCAAAAAAACUACCCCAAAAACAAAUUCCCCUAGAUCUCAUCAUCCAAUUGCACCCCAAAUCUCUACCAAGAUUUUUCAAUAACCCCAAAAACUCAAGAAUCAUUCUCGAAAUUCCUUCCAAUAUCUCCUCAAAUUCCCACAAACAAAUCAAAAUCAAAAACCAUUUCUGUGAUCAUCUUCUUGAGAUAUCCAAAAAUGGCGGUCCUAGGAAAAAGAAGAGGCGACAUUGAAGCAGGGCAACUCUACCCAAACAUGGUGGAAGACGUACAAUUCCGAUGGGCUUUCAUCCGAAAAGUGUACGUAAUCAUCGCCAUGCAAAUGAUUCUCACCGCCGCUGUUGCCGCCGUCGUCGUCUUUGUUCCACCAAUUCCGCGCUAUUUGGUGUCUACUCGUGCUGGUCUCGGCAUUUACAUUGUCAUCCUCAUUUCUCCUCUUAUAAUCAUGUGUCCUUUGUACGCUUAUAUGAAGCGUCAUCCUAUUAAUUUCAUCCUUCUUGGAUUGUUUACCGUUGCAAUUGCUUUUGGUGUUGGAAUGAGUUGCGCUUUUGUUAAAGGGAAAAUUGUUCUAGAGGCUUUGAUUCUAACAUGCGUAGUGGUAGUCAGCCUUACCCUAUACACAUUCUGGGCAGCGAAAAGGGGCAAAGACUUCAGCUUUCUAGGCCCUUUCCUGUUUGCUGGCAUGAUGGUGCUGAUGGUUUUUAUGCUAAUCCAGAUUUUCAUUCCCCUGGGAAAGCUCUCUCUGAUGAUCUAUGGGUGCAUAUCUGCGAUCUUGUUCUCUGCAUACAUUGUAUACGACACAGACAACUUGAUCAAACGUUACAGCUACGAUGAGUACAUUCCUGCUGCAGUUACCCUUUAUCUUGACAUCGUCAAUCUCUUCCUUGCCCUGCUGGCUCUUCUUGAGGGAGCAGACAGCUAGGCUAUCACAUUCCUUAUUACACUUGCGGGUUGUAAUUUGCAACUCAUUAGAUUUAUCAGACCGUUCCUAGUGAAGGUUACUCUUCAGAGUCUUCACUAAUAGAAUCUAUGAAGUACAUAUUUGGAACUAUGACUAGUGUUAAUCUGCCACUUACUGAUCGAUCAACGAAUCAGUGUAAAAACAGAUCUUGGACAUUUUUAGGUCCAGAGCUUUAGAAUUGCUAUCUUUGUAGAUUCUUACGACAUUGCUUUUUGUAUAGAGUACUACGUUUCAACUUUGUUUCAUGCGUCUUUUGCUUCUAGUCAACAAAGUUUGAAAUGGAUAUGCCUUGAUUCUGUAGAAAAUGUUGAUAGUUGCCAUCUCUAAAACCUUGCUUCUAGUCAACUAAGCUUGGUUGAA